AUGCUUGGUGUCCUUGAUUCAACGAAGGAUUCUACGGUAGCAGGAACAUCCAGUGCUGUGUACGUUGGUGAGCGCCUCAAAGCCACUGUACAGUGCACGGAUGAAGCAUUGCGAAAGUUUAAAUGCUCGGAAUGCCCAAAAGCAUUCAAAUUUAAGCACCAUCUGAAGGAGCACAUCCGAAUUCACAGUGGUGAAAAGCCUUUCCAGGUGAAGCUUAUUUAUAUUACAGCGAUGACACUGACCUAA